CGCCGGGAUCGGGCUCUCGCCUUGCGCCUCCGAUCGGCGAGCCGUUCCUCUUUGCCGGAGGCGCGCGGGGCGCCCCGGCGAGCCCCGCGGAUGCUGCUGCUUGGGGUGGUGGGAGCAGCCGUGGGACGCGUGGCCGGGAGCGGGGGUGACAGCCUGGGAUUCCGGGGGCUUCUCUUCCUUGUCUUCCUCCUCUCUCUAUUCCCAGUGUGGCCGAGGCUGACACUAAAGACUUUGUAGCCACCAACCAAGUGCAGUUUCAAUGGAAAAUGAAGCUGGUACUGGUGGCCUAAUUUUUGAAAUGUGCUUUCUGGAAAAAUCAGCACAUGGUUGCACGUUUUCAAAAAAUUCCUAACGGUGAAAAUGAGACAAUGAUUCCUGUAUUGACAUCAAAGAAAGCAAGUGAACUACCAGUCAGCGAAGUUGUAAGCAUUCUCCAAGCGGAUCUUCAGAAUGGUCUAAACAAAUGUGAAGUAAGUCAUAGGCGAGCCUUCCACGGCUGGAACGAGUUUGACAUCAGUGAAGAUGAGCCACUAUGGAAGAAAUACAUUUCUCAGUUUAAAAAUCCCCUUAUUAUGCUGCUUCUGGCUUCUGCAGUCAUCAGUGUUUUAAUGCAUCAAUUUGAUGAUGCUGUCAGUAUCACUGUGGCAAUACUUAUCGUUGUUACAGUUGCCUUUGUUCAGGAAUAUCGUUCAGAAAAGUCUCUUGAAGAACUGAAUAAACUUAUGCCACCAGAAUGCCAUUGUGUGCGUGAAGGGAAAUUGGAACAUACACUUGCACGAGACUUGGUUCCAGGUGAUACAGUUUGCCUUUCCGUUGGGGACAGAGUUCCUGCUGACUUGCGCUUGUUUGAGGCUGUGGACCUUUCCAUUGAUGAGUCCAGCUUGACAGGAGAAACAACACCUUGUUCCAAGGUGACAGCCCCUCAACUGGCUGCAACUAAUGGAGACCUUGCAUCAAGAAGUAACAUUGCCUUCAUGGGAACACUGGUCAGAUGUGGCAAAGCAAAGGGUAUUGUCAUUGGAACAGGAGAAAAUUCUGAAUUUGGAGAGGUUUUUAAAAUGAUGCAAGCAGAAGAAGCGCCAAAAACCCCUCUGCAGAAGAGCAUGGACCUCUUAGGAAAACAACUUUCCUUUUACUCCUUCGGUAUAAUAGGUAUCAUCAUGCUGGUUGGCUGGCUACUAGGAAAAGAUAUCCUGGAAAUGUUUACUAUUAGUGUGAGUUUGGCUGUAGCAGCAAUUCCUGAAGGUCUUCCCAUUGUGGUCACAGUGACUCUGGCCCUUGGUGUUAUGCGAAUGGUGAAGAAAAGGGCCAUUGUGAAAAAACUGCCUAUAGUUGAAACUCUGGGCUGCUGUAAUGUCAUUUGCUCAGAUAAAACUGGAACGCUGACGAAGAAUGAAAUGACUGUUACUCACAUAUUUACUUCAGAUGGUUUGCAUGCUGAGGUUACUGGAGUUGGCUACAAUCCAUUUGGAGAAGUAAUUGUUGAUGGUGAUGUCGUUCAUGGAUUUUAUAACUCAGCUGUUAGCAGGAUUGUUGAGGCGGGCUGUGUGUGCAAUGACGCUGUGAUUAGAAACAACACUCUAAUGGGAAAGCCAACAGAAGGAGCCUUAAUUGCUCUGGCAAUGAAGAUGGGUCUUGAUGGACUUCAACAGGACUAUAUCAGAAAAGCUGAAUAUCCUUUUAGCUCUGAGCAAAAGUGGAUGGCUGUUAAGUGUGUACACCGAACACAGCAGGAUGGACCAGAGAUUUGUUUUAUGAAGGGUGCUUAUGAACAGGUGAUUAAGUAUUGUACUACGUACCACAGCAAAGGGCAGACUUUGACACUCACCCAGCAGCAGAGAGAUCUGUACCAACAAGAGAAGGCACAAAUGGGCUCAGCAGGGCUCAGAGUUCUUGCGUUGGCUUCUGGUCCUGAACUGGGACAACUGACAUUUCUUGGCCUGGUCGGAAUCAUUGAUCCUCCUAGAACUGGUGUGAAAGAAGCUGUUACAACACUCAUUGCGUCAGGAGUUUCGAUAAAAAUGAUUACUGGAGACUCACAGGAGACUGCAGUUGCAAUCGCUAGUCGCCUGGGAUUGUAUUCAAAAACUUCUCAGUCAGUCUCAGGAGAAGAACUAGAUGCAAUGGAUGUCCAGCAGCUUUCACAAAUACUCCCGAAGGUGGCAGUAUUUUACAGAGCUAGUCCAAGGCACAAGAUGAAAAUUAUUAAGUCUUUACAGAAGAAUGGAUCAGUUGUAGCCAUGACUGGAGAUGGAGUAAAUGAUGCCGUUGCUCUGAAGGCUGCAGACAUCGGAGUCGCGAUGGGUCAGACUGGCACAGAUGUUUGCAAAGAGGCAGCCGACAUGAUCCUGGUGGAUGAUGAUUUCCAAACAAUAAUGUCUGCAAUUGAAGAGGGUAAAGGAAUUUAUAAUAACAUUAAAAAUUUUGUUAGAUUCCAGCUGAGCACGAGUAUAGCAGCAUUAACUUUAAUCUCAUUGGCUACGUUAAUGAACUUUCCCAAUCCUCUCAAUGCUAUGCAGAUUUUGUGGAUCAAUAUCAUCAUGGAUGGGCCUCCAGCUCAAAGCCUUGGAGUAGAACCAGUGGAUAAAGAUGUCAUUCGUAAACCUCCACGCAACUGGAAGGACAGCAUUUUGACUAAAAACCUUAUACUUAAAAUACUUGUUUCAUCAAUAAUCAUUGUUUGUGGGACUUUGUUUGUCUUCUGGAGGGAGCUGCGAGACAAUGUGAUAACACCCCGAGACACAACAAUGACCUUCACAUGCUUUGUGUUUUUCGACAUGUUCAAUGCACUGAGUUCCAGAUCCCAGACCAAAUCUGUGUUUGAGAUUGGACUCUGCAGUAACAAAAUGUUUUGCUACGCAGUUCUCGGAUCCAUCAUGGGACAGUUAUUAGUCAUUUAUUUUCCUCCACUUCAGAAGGUGUUUCAGACUGAGAGCCUCAGUAUACUGGAUCUGCUCUUUCUUUUGGCUCUCACCUCGUCAGUCUGCAUAGUGGCAGAAAUUAUAAAGAAGGUCGAAAGGAGCAGGGAAAAGAUUCAGAAGCAUGUUAGUUCAACAUCGUCGUCUUUUCUUGAAGUAUGAUGCAUAUUGCAUUCUUUUAUUUGCAAACUAGGAAUUGCAGUUUGAGGAUCAUUUACAAGGGCAAAUUCAAGAAGAUAAUGAAGAUUUGAGAACUUUUUAACUUUUCAUUGACUAAACAUGAGCAUUAAUGUUAAAGACUUGAUUGGAGACUUUAACGUGCUGAUAGUCCCAAAUGAAAUUAUGCAACUUUGAUAACAAAUUUCUUGAUUUAAAUUGGCUUUUGAGAUUGAGGGGAACUUUAUAAAAGCAUAUGGGCAUUUAUUUAAUUAAAAAAAAAACAGGCAAAACCUAAACCACUUAAAGAGGUCUAACAAUACAAACACACUGUCUAUCUUAGAUAGAUAUAAAUAUUUUUUUUAAUUUUUAAAUAUUGUACUAUUUAUGGUGAUGGGGCUUUCUUACUAAUACACAAAUAAAUUUAAUCAUUUCAAAGGCAUUCUGUUCAAUUUAGAAAAUGUUUCCCAGGGGUGCCAUAUUCAGCUACUGUAUUUCCUUUUUCCUGCAGUGUAAGCAGCUCAGACACGUUGUGUUACCAUUUUUGUAUCUCAAGUUUUUUGCACAGGAUGUGACCACUGUCAAAUCACUGUUCUUUUCUUUCUUUUUGUGACUGAAAAGCCUAUACUGCAAUUUGAAGUAAAUGUUUGCUUUUCUUAGUAAGUAUAAAUGGUUGCUUUUUUCCUCCCCCAGCUAUGAAUCUUUGGUCUAGCAAAAUUCGUGCAGCGCUGUCCAGUGGCUUUCUAGUUAGGUAGUCAUGUCUGCAAUUCACACUCAGUCAGAGAGUCAGAAAUAUUUAAGACUGGGCUGAAAGUUAUAAAAACUUUUAUUAACAUGCUAUGCCUUCUUUCAGAGUUAAAUAUAAAUAUACACUUUGUCAGAUAUCAUUUUGUCAUCCCCUAAAUAUAAAUCCAAGUACCUCUCCUGAAUAACUGAAUGUUAUUAUUUUAAAUAUCUUUUUAAGCAUUUUUUAAGGAAGUAUAGAGUGCUAUACUUAGAGAGUAAAAAAGCCCCGAGACCAAACAGGCCGUGUCAGAACCAGGGUACGGGUGGAAGACGCUGUGCUGGCCUUGCUCUCCGUGUAUCUGCGGCCUCUCUGGCCUACAUCGCAGCCCAGCCCCGAGCCUGUCGCUUCUCCUACUUACACUGCUUGUUCCUUGCCUUCUUUCUUUUCACUGGGCACACUAGAGAGAUAGAUGGCUUCGCUCUUGUAUUGCUGUCAGUUUUUAUGGUAUUUGAUGAGGUAUAGGUAAUUUAUUUAGAAGGUAUGGCAGAUUUGGGCCAGAAAUUCAAAAUUGCAAAUCCAUUUUCCUGUUAACUUUCUGAAACAGAAAUGGGUCUUAAAUUUGAUGUUUAAUUCCACCUGAAGUGAGCUAGUUUUGUAUUUUAUAAUUAUUCUCUAUUUUUUAAACUGUCAGGAUAAAUCAUUGUGUAGUUUUUAUUACCAUUAUUGAACUGCCAGUGUUAGUACUGAAAUGCUAUCAAUGAUAGGGAGAGUAUCUAUACUUGGAGUCUUUGUUAGUGAAACUGUUGAGUAUAAGGAGAUGAUAUGUUUGCAACUUAUUCUACUUUACCCUUUAAGACUCAAUAGUCAAAACAAAAAAAAAGACUCAAUAGUCAGAUCUCACGAGCUAGAACAUGGAGGCCAUUGUCUACUCAGCUUUAUCUGUGGUGACAGGAUGUCGUGCUCCUAAACUCUGUAAUGAUUUUUCUUUUUGUUACAAAGAUGUGAAAUACAUAUAAGUGCACGUUAGUCUUUUACUUUUUGCAUUGUAGGUUCAGAGUAUGCCUUAAAUGAAAUAAAUAUGCCUGUUUGUUCA